UCCGGCCCCCACACACUGGCUUGUACAGGAUGAGUUAGAGGCAGGGACACAGAGGCAACAAGGAAGGCUGCCGUCCAGCCAUUCAGAAUGACAUCGUGAGUGGGAAAACAAGAAAUGCAAUAGAACGGAUGCUACGCACUAAGCGAAACAGAGACAAACACUGAGAAUUACCUAGAGAAGCAGAGAAACGAACAGUGAGAUUCAGACAAAAUAAAGACAAGCAGAGAUGAAUUUAGAGAAAUAGCAUCGAGAAAAGGGUCAGCGACUCGGAGAGAGAAAUAAAGGUAGAAGGAACCUACAAGGAAUAGAUAAGCGGAGCGCAGUGAGGUCGCUAGCGACAGAGAAAGACUGACAGAUCGAGAAAGCAGAGAACAGGAGCUCCCUGAGCCAUCUCCAGCCUUAGCCGGAACCCAGCGCUGGGGCUGUUGAAUGAUGAAGAAGACGCUGCCGAAUAAGAGGGGCACCCAGGAAGGCAAUCAGCUGCCAAGCCAACCAGAAAAAUCUGGCUGGAUUCGCAAAUACUGCGGGAGAGGAAUAUUCCGGGAGAUUUGGAAAAACCGCUAUGUGAUCUUAAAGACAGAUCAGUUGUACAUCUCAGAGAAAGAGGUGAAAGAUGAGAAGGUGGUUCUAGAUAAGUUUGACCUGACAGACUACGAGAAAUGUGAAGAACUGCGCAAAUCGAAAAGCCGAAGCAAGAAGAACCAUAGCAAAUUCACAUUGGUCCGCAGCAAACAGCCCGGUAACACGGUACCAAACCUAGUCUUCCUAGCUGUGAGCCCCGAGGAGAAAGAGUCAUGGAUUAACGUUCUGAGCAGUGCGCUCAGCCGAGCAAAGAACCGUGUCCUUGAUGAGGUCACUGUCGACGAGGAAAGCUUUCUUGCUCACCCAACUAGAGACCGAGUAAAAAUCCAGCACUCUCGCCGACCGCCCACUCGUGGCCACUUGAUGGCAGUGGCUUCUACCUCCACAUCUGAUGGCAUGCUGACUCUCGAUCUGAUCCAGGAGGAGGAUACAGCCCUGGAUCUCCAUGGGACUUGUGCAGAUGGUUUCUGUACCAACCAUCUUGGUACCAGCCACCACAAACUGAACCAUGAAACCUCCACUAAAACCUCAGAGAGGGGAGACACAGUGACAGAGAAGGAACAUCCCUCCAAGGUGGGCAAACUUCAGAAGAAAGGGGACAGCUGGCAGAGGGAAUCUACUACCUCUCUAGAUCGGGAGGGGAACUCCUCACCUGAGAUCCCAAAAAAACUAUCCUUUGCAGAGUUAAACAAGUGUGCAUCAGAGGAAAUUCUGUCACGUGCGGGAUCCGCACACAGGUCUGCAUUACGAAAAGGCUUUGAGACUCAGUCGAGCAGUAUAGAACGGGACAAACUAGGGCGGGUCAGGGAACUCAUUGCACUGAAACUGGAGAGAACUCAACAGCUGUUAUUGGAGGCUGGCAGCCAUGAGAGUCAGAAAAGGCAGAACAGAGACUCUCCAGGGAUAUCAGAUGGGCAGGUCACUCUAAAUGAUACAGAGUGGCUACUCUCCGAGGCCCUGUCCAACUGGAACCAGGCCAAGCAGGUUCUGCAGGAGAUUAAGGAAUUGAGGGACCUCUGCAAGCAAUCAGUUCGAAUGUACACAGAACCAGCACUGACAUCAGACAGCCAACCUCAAUACAGGGGAAGUCUGAUGUGAACUUCACAGGUCUUUAAUGUGUGUCUUGGUAAUCCUCCUUCUCUUGUUCAAAUGGAAAACUUUGAGCCUGCCGGCAAGGGUCGCUCAGUUUCACCAUGACCUUAACUUGGAUUCAGUCCUAGCAGGAACAGAUGAGUCUGAUGGCCUGAGCUUGUGCAAUCCUGUCUGGAAGGGAAGAACUAUGAAUCCACUUCAUUCCAGCCAGGCGCAGUUGUCUGUGAUGAAUGAUGGGAUUGGACAUUUUUCAAUGCAAAGUCUGUGUUACAAACUGGAGUGAGCUGCAUCUGAAACAAAGUCAGCUGUUUGUUUUGGGGUUAGUGGAGGGUGAGGGAUGGAAGCCCCAACAGCUGCAUGGAUGAGGUUGCCCUGAGAACUCAAGUAGAAAGACUCUUUCCUGCCUUGUUGGCGUCAGCAUUUCCAUCUUGAAACAGCGUCUGGAUAGUUUUUUGCAAAAGCAAAGUACUGCAGAUCCUGGAAAUAUGGAAAUAAAAGCUGAAAAUUAUGGAAAUACACAGCAGGUUACACUGCAUCUGUGGAUAGAAAAAUCAGAUAAUAUUUCAACUCAUCAGAACGCUGAUGAUAGGCCACAACCUGAAAUGUUACCUCUAUAUCUAUCUCCGUGGAUGCUAUUAAACCUACUGCCCAUUCCCAGCAUUUUCUAUUUUUUAUUUCAGGAUAGUGUAUUUAGUACCAGAGUUCCCAUAAUUUCAACCUUUAAAGGAGCUGUCCUGGAAAUGUCAAAAUUUGAAAAUGACCAUCCAUCUCCAAUGUGGAGAUUUAGCCUUUAGGAUUUUCAAUCAGUAUUAAAUAGCAGUAUAUAAACUCAGAACUCCAGUUAAGCACCACCCACCCAUCUCACUUAUGCCUUUGUUACUUCUUUCCCAGUCAACCAAACAGUAUUCACACUGAUCCCUCAUCAGUCAUCCUCCUGGAUUUACCACAUAUCAGUGACUCAUUGGUUAGCACUGCUGCUUCACAGCGCCAGGGACCUGGGUUCAAUCCCACCCUUGGGUGAAUGUCUGUGUGGAGUUUGCACAUUCUCCAGGUGCUCUGGUUUCCCUUCCACGUCCAAAGAUAUGCAAGUUAGAUGGAUUGGUCAUGCUAGAUUGCCCCUAGUGUGCAGGCUAGCCAUGGGAAAUGCAGGGUUAUAGGGUAGGGCUGGGUGGGAUGCGCUUUGGAGGGUCAGUGUGGACUUGAUGGGCUGAAUUGCCUGCUUUCACACUUGUGGGAUUCCAUGAUAUCUUGUCCACCUUUCCUUCACCCCUAACCACUCCUCACCUGCCCCCCUCGACCCUAGCCUGUCCCACCUGCCCUCCCUUCAGCUGUAUCCUGCCCCUGUGAGGAUUGUCCUUGUGAGGAUCAAAUACGGGUGCCACAUCUCCUCCAGGGCAGAAACCUUAUUGGAAGAUGAAUGGUCUUGACCAUGGGUGCCAACUACUCACAAUAUCUAGUUGUACAAAAUCCAUGGGGAAGGGAGGGUUACAAAGAACUUGUGACAUUCUGAUCUUUGUAAAGGAGGGGAUGGGAGUAAGAAGUUGACUAACCGACCAUGUAGCAAUGCAAGGUACAACUCCUGAUCCUUCUGCAGGACAGACACAUACUUAUCUAAUCAAGUGCAGAUGUAUCAGUACCUCAGUGUAGGGAUUUACGUGGUCCAAAUGUUUUAUGAAGCUUCUAAUCGCUCAGUGUUCUUAAGGUGCUAUGAGUCCUGUCAGAUCUGUUACUGUCCAAUUGUUUAUUCAAGCACAGCCUUAUGUCAGCCUAAAGGAAUGGACUGCAGCCUCAGUCACAAUCACCACCUUCCUGUUAAUUCCAAGGUGCCCUGAUGUUCUAUGUCUUGCAGAACAAUUCAGAGAAAACAAUAUGUAAACCAAGACGGGAGAAGUGAUAGGCUAAUAACGUUUUAUUUUUCCAAGAUUAACCUCUCGGUCUUCCCUUUGCCCCAGCACUGUCAGGUCCUGAUCUAUCUUUACUUCUUUUGAAUUUUUUUGAAGCUGUGAUUUUAAUACAAUUAAAUUAA